AUGGCAGACCCAUUGAUCUCAAACCCCUCAUUUCCACCACCUUCGUCCACGAUAUCUCCUUCCCUCCGCUCACCGUCUUCCGCUUCCUUUUCUUCCUCUUCCUCUUCCUCACGCCCUUUCACUUCGCACUCUGACUAUUUACCCUCCGAUUGCGAGAAACAUAGUUGCUGGAACUUUUCUUCGGCCCAGAGACCGUUGCGUAUCCGCGUGACCAUGGGACCCUGCAGUUGGAAGUACUGCUCCUGCCGACAGGGGACCUGCGUCACAGUCUUUCCUAAUGAAGUCCAAAACUGUGGUUGUGGACAUGCUAUGGCUGACCACGAAGACUAUGGUCUUGUAUUUCCCAUCGCUGAGCGUACAGAGCUUGUGGAGGAAAUUUUCGUAUGCCUGAUAAGAUUCCCCAUAGUCAGGAUAAACGGUACCCCCGCUUCAGGCAAGACUACUUUGAUGAAACUUAUGACCAAGCAUCUUUUGAAAAAUAAAGAGGACCAUAAACCAAUUUAUGUUCUGAUUGGUUGGGAAUACCAACGCGUUAAGGAUGCCAGUGGAUGGGCUAAAUACUUGGAGGAACAGACGGGGAUAAAUGGCUUUGAAUGGAUAAGUCAUUCUGGUUAUUUAUUUCUCGACGAAGCUCAAGAAUCUUAUCAGGAUACUGAGUUGUGGGCUGGACUUUUCAAGGAUCUUGACACAAGUUCGAAUUGUCGAAUCCUGCUCUUUACUUCUUACGGAUCCCCAGAUAGCAUAUAUGAAGGAUUCGAUAAGCCAACAUUCAGAAAAACCCCAAUGACGUUCGAUCCAGCGCAACAGAUAUCCCUAAAUCCCGACUAUUCUGUGGUUCCGGACUACAAUCCGGUUGGUCUGCUUCUGGGUGAAGGCGAAAGCAUGAAACUUAUCGGAGAUUUCAUGAAGAGCCGCCACUCGUCAGUUUUCACUGGAUCUAUAACAGAAGAUUUUAAGCAUGGUGUCUGGUAG